UGUAGAACAAACACAAAUUUUCACAUAUGUAUAUCUGUAUACAAUCUACAAAAAAGAGAUAUAAAAGCCAACUUUCUUUCUUUUAUUUCUUUUCUUUAUCUCUUUUUAUCUAUUUUUGUAUGUUUCUUGGUGGUGGAGAAUACCUCUGGGAUAAGUGUUUAGAUGUAAUUGAAGUAGUGUCUGAAGAAUCUUUUUGGACAAAUUUACUAGGGGAAAGACUGUAUACAAUUUCGAAAAGAUACUUUGGUAAUGAUACAAUCAUUUUUUGUGCAAUCGUUUCAUUUCUUCCAGCCAUUCCAAAGAUUUUUGAAAAUGUCUAUUCUUACUUGCGAAGAAUCAAGGAACAAAUGUUUUAUGUGUCUGUCGUUAUUGGUGAAAGUGAAAUUAUAUACGCGCCCAUCGAUGAAUACUUGAUAAAGAAUUUCAAAGGAAUUCAUGAAUUACGACAUGUACGAGGAAAGACUGGUUAUGCUGAGCCCAAUGAUAAUGCCAAUAAAAACAAUUAUUAUUAUCAUCGACAAUCUCGGAGCGACCAAGAGAAUACCCCUUUGAUAGACUUGACACCAGAAAAAUACAAGGUGUUUGAAAUUAAUUACAAAGGCUAUACUGUGUUGAUUAACCGUAAAGACGAGACUCCAACCAGUGAGGCUUCUGUAAGAGGUCCUUUUUAUAAUGUGCCAGUGAAGACUGAUACAAUUGAAAUCAGAAUGCGUUCUCGUAAUCUUCCUAAAUUACGAUCUUUUAUUCAAGAGUGGAUAGACGAAUACUACAACUCCAGAAAAAAUAAGUUAAUUAUUUACAAGUGCAAUUUCAAUAGCCAUGGAUGGGACGAGGAUAACCAGUGGAAGGAACAUGGAUUUAGAAAGAUUAGAUCCUUUUCAUCGGUUGUUCUGAAGGAAGGAGAUCAAGAUAGAAUAUUGAAUGACAUUAUUACAUUUAAAGAUUCAAAAUCGUGGUACAAUGAUCGAGGUAUCCCAUACAGACGUGGUUAUCUUUUACAUGGUCCACCUGGUACUGGCAAAACCUCCUUUAUUCAGUCAUUGGCGAGUAAAGUGAAAAUGAAUGUAGCUAUUCUUAAUUUAUCUGCUGCUGCCAAUGAUGAUGCAUUAUCCACUGCUUUGGCGCAGGUUCCCAAAAGUUGUAUUCUAGUUAUUGAGGAUUUGGAUCAUUACCAAUUCGAAGAAGGUGUUCCUGAAAAGCAAGAUGGUAAGACUCCACCAAAAGAGAAGAACACCGUUUCAGUCUCCGGUAUACUGAAUGCCAUUGAUGGUAUCACAAGUCUGGAAGAGUCCAUUAUUUUUAUGACAUGCAACGAUAUAAACACUAUACCUCCAGCACUGAUUCGUCCAGGCCGUGUAGACUUAAAAUUACAUAUGGGAUACCUUGACAAUUAUCAAGCGCAACUUAUAUUUUGGAAAUUCUUUUGUAUGCCGGAAAAGGAGAAAAGUCUGUAUGAUAUUGAGAGGAAGAAGUACCCAGUGUUAGACCGCACAGUCAAUGAGCUCAUUAUUCGUAUCCGAGACCAUGCUCAGCAGUCCUCAAUAUCAACUGGUAUACAACUGGAAAUUAGCCCUGCAGAAUUAAUAAGUUAUUUGCUGUUCCAUGCACUCAAGUUCAACUUAUCAAAAAAUCCUCAGCUUUUAAGCGAUUGUUGUCAAUCACUUUUGGACCAUAUUCCAGACUUUAUUAGCUCGGUCUCUGCAGAUAGAAUACAAGCUAUAGAGCACGCUAAAAAGAAGUCUUUACAAACACAAGUUUCCGAUUCAGCAUUAACUGCAGAAGCAGCUAAUGCAGAUACUAACCCUAAUGAGGCAUCGACAACAACCACUACUACUACUACUAUAAUAACAAAGCAAGUCAUACCAACACCACCUACUUCACCUGCAUCGGAGAAGAAGACCGCAUCAGAAGUAUCAAAAGCAGAGGGGUAAUACGUUCAAAAGAGACUUUGGUUGUGAAAAAAGAAAGAAAAAUGCCUUAUAUAAACACUUUACAACCCCUUUUUUAAAAUAAAGCUUUUAACAGAUAGACUACUGUUACAUAAGAUAGAAAGUCUAGAGCAUAAGAUUCCCCUGUCUAUUAUUAUAAAUAGUAUAAUUGCUAAAAUGAGAAUCGGGUUAAAAGAGAAUCUCGCAUAAAUGUACCCUCAUGUAUGUAUAAAUAAAUACAUUAUCACUCAAUCGACGAUCAGGGAGACUUACAAGAUGUAAAGUAAAUCAAGGGCU